AUGGCCUUGUCCGUUUCCAGUUUCCGAGAACAUACGCCAGAAUUCAUGCGGUUAUACCCUCUGGAAGGCGAGAUACGUUCGGGUGUUGGAGAUGGCCGAGCAGAACAGCAGGACGUCGAGACCAAAGACAUGGCAGAUGAGCUUGCAGCUAUCCACAGCCUGGAUAGUCUCUGUAAGAAGGUUCAAGAUACUCACACUCAGGCCUGCAACUCCAAGUACGGAAAUGCGGAUAAGUCUCUGGCUCAAUUAUCUGACAAGAGACUGAGCAAGAAUCCGGAGCUCUACCCCGAGUUGACAGACCUCAAGGCUCGCAUUCGAGACCACCAGACCUUGGAUGCAGGUGAGUUCGCUGAAUACAAGCACUGGUCUAAACAACUAUAUCGUGACACCCUGCGCAACUUCCUCGGAGUUGUCGUCACCACCCCUGUCAGUGCCAGUCCUCUUCUGGUCUGA